GAGCUCCGUUCUUUUUUUCGGUCCUGUCUGUAACAUAUUGGAGCUGCGGUGGUACGCGAAUUUCAGUUCUGUCCCAUAGCAUACAGCAUAGUGCGGUAUCAGUUCAACCAAAUCGGAAUUCAUUAGUUAGUUCUUAAGACUUUAGUAACCAUUGCGUCGCACAAAUCGUGUCAGUCAGUAAAUUGGCAGUCAAUUUUUCCCUCUUCCCUCUGGUGAACCUGUAAGUGAUUUACGAAAUAAUGUGAAAAUUUUACCGAUAAGAGAUACACGACAGAGAACCGUCGGAAUGUCAACUGCAGCGAAUUCGGAAUGUCCAAGUGAAAAAAGUGCCAUUGAUGUUGAUUUGUGAUAAAAUAAUCCGGACGUCACAAUUCAUCGGCGGCAGCAGCAGCAGCGAAUUGGUUUGGCAGCGGCGGUGCAAAGGGUUGUGGGUGCUGCGUGAAGUUUUUAUUGCCCUUUGGCUGGGCUCCCGUCAACAAAAGUAUGCCAGAGCUGGAAGAAAAAAAAAAUCGGCAUAGAAAUAGGGUAUUCGUGUAUGUGAACAUUGAAAUAGCAGCAUCUUCUUCCGAGACUGUGAUUGGGGAACGUUUCGAAAAAACGGCAAAAAUAUCAGUAUUUUUUUAACGCUGCAAAGAAGCGGAAUUCGGCUUCCAGUUAUAUCAACAGCGUAUCCGUGUGCAAGAAAGAAAAAGUUGCCGAUGCGCUCGGGGCAGUGGUGUGCUAAUAGGUUUGCCACGAGCUGAUAGAAGCGUCCGAUUAGAGCACCCGUUAAUCGCAUUCACACACACACACGGUUUGGGGCCAACUUUGGCUGUCCAGAAGAUUCAGUUCAAGAUAGACCACUAGGUCGUACGUCGCUUCCCGGUCCGAUGGAGCUGUCCUGUAUGAAACGGAAAACCGAUCAUUCCACGACCAGUUUCUACCCGACGGCAGCUGCCGAAGCAAACUUUAGCGGCCGUUAAACGCACUAAACGCUUGAACGCAACGGUUGAUAGAUCAAGCAAAUAAAAGCCGACUUCAACGAAACUUAACGGAUCCACACAACAACCAUCACCAUAGUGACUUGAUACACCGAAAACCAAUCGAGUGGCUGGCUGAAACGAACGAGUCGGGUGGGGAACCCGCGAUGCGCCUUCUGAUGCGUCAGCGCAAGAUUCUGCUCGGACUGGGCCUGGCCUGCUUUCUGCUGCUGGUGUUCUUCAAGGGUACGGAUUUGGGAGGGCGAUGUUUGCGAAGCGCCUACGGGCGCGCUUCCCCGACCGACGGCGGCGAAAUGGUACGAGAUGCGGAAAGUGAACAGGACUCGCACGGCAAAAGCUACCGCUACCACCGAAAUAUGCCGCUGAUAUUCAUCGGCGGGGUGCCCCGGUCGGGGACAACGCUCAUGCGGGCAAUGCUGGAUGCGCAUCCGGAAGUGAGAUGCGGCCAGGAGACACGUGUCAUACCCCGUAUCCUGCAGCUUCGUUCACACUGGAUGAAAUCGGACAAGGAAUCGGUGCGACUGGUCGAGGCCGGUAUCACCAAGGAGGUCCUGAACAGUGCAAUCGCCCAGUUCUGUCUGGAGAUUAUCGCCAAACACGGCGAUCCGGCACCCCGGCUGUGCAACAAGGACCCACUCACGCUCAAGAUGGGUUCGUACGUGAUUGAGCUGUUCCCGGAGGCAAAGUUCCUAUUUAUGGUCCGAGAUGGUCGGGCAACGGUGCAUUCCAUCAUUUCACGGAAGGUUACCAUCACCGGGUUCGAUCUGACCAACUAUCGGCAGUGCAUGACGAAGUGGAACCAGGCGAUCCAGACGAUGCACGAUCAGUGCAAGGAGAUUGGCAAGGACCGCUGCAUGAUUGUGUACUACGAACAACUGGUGCUGCAUCCCGAGGAGUGGAUGCGAAAAAUAUUGCACUAUUUGGACAUCCCCUGGAACAGUUCGGUGCUACACCACGAGGAGUUCAUCAACAAGGAGAACGGCGUUGCACUGUCCAAGGUCGAACGAUCCUCGGACCAGGUGAUUAAACCCGUUAAUUUGGAAGCCCUCUCGAAAUGGGUCGGUCAAAUACCGGAAGACGUGGUGCGAGAUAUGGCCGAAAUCGCACCGAUGCUUUCGGUUCUGGGCUAUGAUCCGUACUCGAACCCACCGGACUACGGCAAACCGGACUCGUACGUGCAGGAGAAUACUUAUAAGGUCCGCGCAAACCCGCAGAUGUGGGAGCACAAAGUAAAGGAACUACUUAAUCGCGACGCGAAUCCACCGAAUGCGAACCAAAAUAACAACAACAACAACAACAAUAACAACGAGGACGAGGAUGACUAUGGCAAUAAUAAGGAACGUAAAACGUGAUAUUAGAAAAAUUAGCUGGACGGUUUGUUUAUCUCUUUAUUCCUCAAAGGAAUGAAUCAAUCAAUUAACGCGGUGUGCCCACGGCGGUUGGGUUUUAGUAAAAACAAAAUAACUAACUAAACGACGACGACGACGGCGGCGGUGCAAAGGCGCUGUCGCGUCGGUUUUAAAGCAGCACAAGUAAAUCGGUGUAGUAGGCAUCAAACUUAAAGGGAGAAAAAAAAACCUAUGAACUAAGCCAGUAUCAAAUUGGCUUUACUAUCACAGAAUGAGAGCUUAAUUUUUUUGUUCCAAUCUCGCAGAAAAUUAUUCAUUAAUCGUGUUGGUCAUGUUCAGAGGGUGCCGUUUGUAGGCGACCCAGACAUUUCACCGUUGUAUUAGGUUAGGUAAAACAUGGCUACGCAUUGAAGUCAAGCCACCACCGCAUCAGCAGCAGAAGUAGGCAGUAGCAGCAGACGUGCAAAUUUUAAACUGAACGGAUCGUUAUUUUAUACAUUUUAGUAAAUACCAUCAAACAAACAAACAAAAAAAAAUACACUGAAGAAACUAAUUGACUGUAAAUAGUAUGUACCUCGUACGCAAACAAAUCAAAGAAUAUACCGGACUAUAGGAUAAGACGUGAGAGGACAGCACAUCCUUGGAAUGAAAUCUUAAGUGUAAAGAAGAAAAAACAAAACUACAAACUACCAAUUAAACACGGGGCAUAUUUUCGCUUCUUCAAUGUUGAAACAAUCCAAAAUAGGA